AUGUCUGAAAAAGGCUGAGGAACAGUCCCAGAAGAAGGAGGAGCUACUGAUGACCCUGGAGGAGAAACUGAGAGAACUGGAAGAGCAGUUGUUCAGAUGCCAGGAGCAGAAGACCCAACUAAAGGUAGAGCUGGAGCAAAGACAACAGGAGGCUGAGAAGAGAGAAGACCAGUACCAAGAAGAACUCAAGGAGCAGCAUGAGCUGGUCCGAGCCAUGAAGAGACGUGUGGUGGAGCUGAUUCAGGAAAAAGACAGCCUAUGGCAGAAGACUGAGCAUCUCUCUUCCCUGGCCCCUCAGCUCUGUGUAGUCUGUAAUAAGAUCUUUGGCCGUCUGUCUAGGAGAUAUAAAUGCAGCACAUUCAGCUUUUGGAUCCUGACUCACUUCAGAGGUGUCGGCAGCAACAGGCAGAGACAUUGGCUGGCGUCUAGAAUGGCCAACGUGUUUGAGAUGAGCUCAGAGGAUAUUCUCCACUUGUUUGAUGAUGAUUUCAAUUUUUCUGGAUACAGUACAGACCUGCCACCUGAAUCUGCGGAUGCAUCCCCCUGCCGCAUCGAGGACUCAGGCCUCAACAAGUACUUUGUCAUGACCCUAUACAUCGUCGUGUUCUUGCUGAGUUUGCUGGGAAAUUUUCUGGUGAUGCUUGUCAUCCUCCACAACCGGCUCAGCCGUUCAGUCACAGAUAUCUACCUGCUCAACUUGGCCAUGGCUGACCUGCUCUUUGCCCUGUCACUGCCCAUCUGGGCCGCCUCCAAGGUGAACGGCUGGAUCUAUGGUACCCCUCUUUGCAAACUGAUCUCCCUCCUGAAGGAGGUCAACUUCUACAGUGGCAUUCUGCUGCUGGCCUGCAUCAGUGUAGACCGCUACCUAGCCAUUGUCCAUGCUACUCGUGCUUUGACUCAGAAGCGCCACUGGGUAAAAUUCAUCUGCAUGGGCAUCUGGGGCCUGUCCUUGGUCCUGUCCAUGCCCAUUCUUUACUCCCGUGAGGCAUUCAAGUCAGAGGAUUAUGGCUUUGUCUGUUAUGAGAGCUUGGGCAAAAGUACUGAAAAAUGGCGGCUGGUACUGAGGAUCCUGCCCCAGUCCUUUGGUUUUGUCCUGCCCCUGCUGGUCAUGCUCUUCUGCUAUGGCUUCACCCUGCACACCCUCUUUGAAGCACACAUGGGACAGAAGCAUCGGGCCAUGCGGGUCAUCUUUGCUGUGGUCCUUGUCUUCUUACUCUGCUGGCUGCCCUACAAUCUGGUGCUGGUCACUGACACCCUCCUGAGGACCAAUUUGAUUGAGGACACCUGUCCACGAAGGAAGGCGAUUGAACAGGCCAUAAAUGCCACUGAAGUGCUGGGCUUCCUCCACAGCUGCCUCAACCCCAUUAUCUACGCCUUCAUUGGGCAUAAGUUCCGUUACAGCUUCCUCAAAAUCCUGGCUGCCCAUGGUAUGGUCAGCAAAGAGUUCUUAGCCCAGCACAGCAAGCCCUCAGUCCAUGGUUCCUCCUCUGGAAAUACCUCUACCACCCUUUGAAGAUCCCUUUGGUCCAGAUUUCCUGGGUCUCUCCUUGUCCUUCUUUGCCUUUCUCCCAACUGUCUCCAAAAUUUCACUCUGGGAAAAGUUAGCUUCUCCUUUUUUAUGGAUGCCUCUGCCGUGUGAUAUGGGAGGAAACUGAGUGCCCUAUUAAGGGAUACCACCUCGGGGACAGCUAGGUGGCACAGUGGAUAAAGCACCAGCCCUGGAUUCAGGAGGACCUGAGUUCAAAUCCGUCCUCAGACACUUGAUACUUACUAGCUGUGUGACCUGGGCAAGUCACUUAACCCUCAUUGCCCCACCAAAAAAAAAAAAAGAAAGAAAGAAAGAAAGAAAAGAAAAGAAAAAGGGAUACCACCUCAACAGGAAUUAUGUCUACCCCUGCAAUUACCUUGAACUCUUGGAUUACAGUUGCCAUAUCGACAGGACAGCUCCUAUUAUUUAACCCCCUCAGGCUAUAGCAUGAUUUCCUGAGAUUCCUAGAUCCUAUUUAGGGUGACUAUUAGGGGAUUCCACAGCAGAGAAGGGACAUGGGGAAGGAAGGGAACUGUCAGAUUUCAUAAAUAAGUCUGUUUUCAUGUAAUCUCUUUGUCUAUCAUUAGAGUCGGCUAGGUGGCUUAGUGGAUAGAGCUCUGGGCCUGGAGUCAGGAAGACCAGCCUCAGAUAUGCACUAGCUGUAUGACUCUGGGAAAGUUGCUUAACCUCUUAAUCCACUGGAAAAUGAAGUAGAAAACCAAUCCAGUAUAUUUGCCAAGAAAACCCCACACAAGGUCACAAAAAGUUGGAUAUGACUGAAAGACUGAACAACAGUCUUGUCUACCCAGGACCUGGAACUGGGAGAGAAAAAUUAAACUUGAAGAUGGACUUCUAAUCAGCUACUUACAAAGACAGGCCUGAUCCUUAUUUUCUCUUGGACUUGUUCUGCUGAAAAUAAA